AGUUGAAUUUGUAUUGAAGUACAACAAUAGUAUGAAGCUGAACCAUUGCGUUGUAACACCAACUUGACGUUUCAAUAUACAUAAGUCUUGAUAGACAUAUAUGUUUUAUAUUCGUUGGAAUUUAGAUCUCGUGUUUGUAAAUUAAUUUAGCGAUGGCUGAGAAGUGUGGAUCAUCAAGCUCUUCACCGAACCUGAUAUGUCCAUUAUGUCUUGAUAUAUUUGUCGAGGCGAUAAUCUUAACUUCAUGUGGACACACAUUUUGUAGGCGAUGCCUCAAGAAUUACGAUCUAACCCACCAGGAUCUUGAUCACAUGGUCUGUCCUCUCUGCAGGGAGAUCACCAAAUUGUCCGCCAACCGUGUCGAUGAUCUCCGCCUCAAUGUCUCCAUCAACGGAUGCGUAGACGAUUACAACGCCAAGUGUGGAGGGAUGAACGCUGUCCUCGAGAUGCGACAAAAAUGUUCUGGUUGCAAGCUUCAAGGAGAUGCUGUCUCAUUCUGCAGAACCUGUAAUAACUACAUAUGUGAUAAAUGUUUGCAAUGUCAUCAAUAUCUGUCAGUCUUUGGAGAUCAUGAGAUUGUCUCCAUGGAUGAUGUCAUCGAAGGGAAGGUCAGCAUUGGUCAUUUAUUCGAGAAGUGUUCCAUCCACAAAACAGAGAACAAGGAUAUGUUUUGUGAGGUUUGUAAGGUCCAUGUCUGUCAAAAGUGCGUACUCGUUGAUCAUCAAAAUCACAAAAUCAAGAACCAGGUUGACUUUGAGCAGGAGUUGCAACGGAAGGUGACAGGCCUUGCCCAACGCUGUGCUGACAAGAAAACAGAGCUAGAGAAAAACAUUCAGAACAUAGAAAUACAACGUCAUGAGGUACACACUGCAGUGCAAACACUACUAGAUGAUGUCAGACAAGCCUACAGCAUCAAGGCCAAGGAGCUGGAAGAAAAUCUUCGAAGUCUUACCGACCAAAUAAAUGCCUUAGAACGUAGUUUUGAUGACGACCUCGACGUCUUGAAGUCAAAAGAUCGACAGAGGAUCAAGAGUAUUUGUAGCUCAAUUACUUUGGUAGAUAAUGACAGACUGGGUCAUCUUGAGACAGACACUCUAUCUGCUCAUAUCUUGCUCUGUGAGGAGCUGGAUGCCAUGCUGAAGGAGGUUUCCCGUCACACUUCUGCGGAAGCUAUUAAGAAGAAAGCACAGGAGAAGAGGUUCAAACCAGCAGACGAUACUCGUCUUGACCUCGGGAGCAUCUUAGGAUCAGAUCCCAAGAUGGAAGUCAUUCAGUGUGUUGAUCUACGGGAAGAGAUGCAAGGUAUGGCCCGGUACUCGCAAAGCACUGUCGCUAUCGGGUAUGGGUGGAAUGCACGAGGUAUUGAUAUCAUUGAUUCAAAUGGUGGUAAGCAGAAGUAUAGUAACACACCCUUAAGUGACAUGAAAUGUAGUGAUCUGGUGUUGCAACGGGACGGGACAUUAUGCGUGUCGACUGGUUCUACAGAAGCCCACAUCUACUCUCCCCUUGGCUCCAGGAAAGCAACAAUCCACGUGAGAAACAAUGGAUAUAUUCUCACAGUUAACAGGAGUCCAACAGAUGAAAUCAUCAUUACUAACUAUGGAAAACAAGUCUAUAUCUAUGACCCGACAGGAUCCACUCUUAAACACACUGUUCAAACAAAGCACGAUACCUAUCAGGCAUCUAUCACCAGGACGGGUUUGAUCGUCACGAGUUCAUGUAAUGCCAUUCCAAGCGUGGUGACGGUCUAUGACAGGGAUGGGAAUGCUGGUGAGUCUCUACAAGCUCCAGAGGAUGUCUACCUGUAUGCUGCCGUGGAUGAGCAGGACAGGGUAUAUGUAGCGAGUGUUGAUAGGAAGAAUAGUAGCGUCGUGAUCAGGCUCUAUGAUCUUGAUGGUCUGAACCUGAAGGAAAGAGUUGAAUUCAAUGCACUUGAUAUGACAUUGGGUUGGAGUUGGUGUUACUUGGUUUCCCUCUCCCCAGACAUGCUCGCCUUCGCUUGUGACACGAAGUUAUAUUUCAUCAAGGUAUCACUGUAAUCCAGAUUGUCUCAUACCAUAUAGCAUCACAGCCCAAUGAAUAUUGUGUAACAUAUAUUCACCUAACUAACCACCUGUUUUACCUCCAUGCUUCAAUAUUAUAUUGUUUAUCCUAAUUUCAUGAUAUCUUAUUCCAAUGGUAGGAUCCAUCAUGUGACAUUCGUAGGAAUACACAGACUAGUCACGCAUGCUAUAGAACUAUCAGUAAAAUUCCUUUAAAAAUGGGUUCUCCUGGCUGAAAAUAGUAAAAUCAGAAUAUAUAUUAUGAUAUACUCCAUAGUAUAAAAUGGCAAAACGUUGAAAAUUUGUAAGUUUAUCGAUGUUCUGUGAAAACAGCUCUAUGCAUGCACUGACCAGUGAUAGGUGAGCUGAUGUUGUGUGGUCCUAACUUUCCCAUUUCUUAUUUCAUUAAAGGACAUCACAAUGUAUGUGUGUAAAAUAUGUUUCAACAAUGAUGAUAUUACCGUCAAAGCAGUAACCAAUCUUAUAACAGUGUCACCAAAGUAACGCAAUGCUAAUGAAAUUCCUUGUCAAAUUUUGAUCAGGUUUUCAGUGUUAUGUUUGUCCCUCUCAGCCUGAGUACCCCUUCAUUAUCAUGUAUUGAUCUAUAUUAUGUAAAUUGUUUUGGGUGUAUAUAAAACAUGUUGGUGAGGAUAUUAUACUGGACUGCGGAGAAAGUGCGAUUGGUCGGUUGUUAGUAAUCAACCAGUGAACCGACGGCUUAAGGUCCUCUCCGAGGGACCUGAUAAUAAUAUCGUAUAAAAGGGCACUAGCGCUCUGACUUGUCAUCUAACCCACUCCACCGGAUUGAGAGACCAACAUAGGCCAACGAUUCAUGUAUGUGUGUUUUAUAAGCAACCAUAUCCUCGAACCAUAGCCAUGUAUCUUUUUAUGAUUCAAAUGUGUUUUGUUCAUAUUCUCGUAGUUAUCGUGUACAGUAAGGUACAGUAUAUGUCCAUCAACAUUUCCUUAAAGCGUCGGACAUAUUUGUUCUCUAUAUGUUUAUUUCAUCCUGUAAUGACUUCAUAAUUUAAUCAGUUGACGAGUCACAAUUUCCAUGACCAUUUCUUCUCAAAUUCCAGGUUGUUAGGCGCAACGAACUUUUCUAUUGACUUUGAUAAUUAUAAUGCAUAAAUUAUGACGAUGACCCCCUGUUAUCUCCUACUGAUAAUGAAAGAAUACAAUGUUAACGUGUAAAUCACUUUGAAAAAAGCUCCAAAAUAACAUACUGCUGUAAAAAAAAAAACGCUGUUUCAAAUUUUAAGCACGUUGUUUAAGCCCAUCACUCAAAUAACUAUCGUUUAAAUUUUUUUAAAGAAGUUGUUUAUAAAGUUUUAACAAUUACAUACAAAUUUAAACAGCUUGUUGUUAGAGUGACAGACUUAAACAAUGUACAUUUUUACUGCUAAGUGACUGUGUAAAAUUUGUACAUUUUGAUUAUGUUCACUCUCUGUUGUUUCAUGUUGUGGUUGGGUUGUUAGGUGGUUUUACUUGACUCGAACAUCAGAGAGAAGUUAGAUAUUUUUUACAGGUAGGAAGGGUACUUUAUUACUCAGCGUGAGUUCGCCCUCUAACUGAAUAUACAUUAUAGGUUAUCAGUUGAACAAAUCACAUAAACGGGAUACUGUUACAUGUGUCACAUGGGCUGGUAUUCUGAUAGCGAUGGUCAGGCAAAAUGAAUUUUAAUGAAUUAAUUGAUACAUUGCAUACAUAUGUAUAUUUCAUAUUCUAAUAGUUAUCGUAGAAUGUACAUAUCCAUUACCAUAUUUUUUAAAAUGUUAUUUAUCAGUUAAUGACUAUUCAAGCGAUGAGUCAUAAAUGUUUGGCUCAGCGAAUUUUUCUAUUAGUUUUGGAAUUUGAUCAUAAGCCUAUAUGAGAUAUGAUAAGCUGUAUAUAUAUGAUCAAUUGUUGGCAUAGCGAACUUUUCUAUUAGUUUCUGAAUUUGAUCAUAAGCCUAUAUGAGAUAUGAUAAGCUGUAUAUAUAUGAGCAAUUGUUGGCAUAGCGAACUUUUCUAUUAGUUUCUGAAUUUGAUCAUAAGCCUAUAUGAGAUAUGAUAAGCUGUAGAUAUAUGAUCAAUUGUUGGCAUAGCGAACUUUUCUAUAUAUUAGUUUCUGAAUUUGAUCAUAAGCCUAUAUGAGAUAUGAUAAGCUGUAUUAAUGUGCCGUAAUUGUUGGCAUAGCGAACUUUUCUAUUAGUUUCUGAAUUUGAUCGUAAGCCUAUAUGAGAUAUGAUAAGCUGUAUAUAUAUAUGAGCAAUUGUUGUCAUAGCGAACUUUUCUAUUAGUUUCUGAAUUUGAUCAUAAGCCUAUAUGAGAUAUGAUAAGCUGUAUAUAUGUGCCGUAAUUGUUGGCAUAACGAACUUUUCUAUUAGUUUCUGAAUUUGAUCAUAAGCCUAUAUGAGAUAUGAUAAGCUGUAUAUAUAUAUGAUCAAUUGUUGGCAUAGCGAACUUUUAUAUUAGUUUCUGAAUUUGAUCAUAAGCCUAUAUGAGAUAUGAUAAGCUAUAAAUCUAUGUAGAGUAUAUUUUGUUGUCUCCUAUGAGGAAGAUCAAAAUAUAAAAUCACUUUGCUUAACAUGAAAUUUGUACAUUUUAAUUUUCAUGUUCACACUAUGUCACAUUAUGUGUUUUUUUCAAUAUGAACAUGAUGAUAUCAAAAUAUCAGUCACGCUUUAUUAUUCAUUUUAAAUGGAAACUUUAUUUACCAAAAUCUUCACUAAAAAACAUACAAAUCAAGAAAUAUUGAUAUUUCAAAUAAAAUACAUUUUAACAU